CACAACACAAAACUACGUCGUUUUACCUUAAAACGGAAAAGACAUGGAAGCCCUGAGACUCGCCGCCGUCGCCGUGCUCCUCCUCAUCCACUGCUCCGCCGCCACGUCGGAUCCGGCGACUCCGGCGCCACCGUCCGGAGGAGCACAGGCAAUGCCGUGCAUACAGAGGUUGAUGCCAUGUCAGCCCUACAUCCACUCUCAGAAUCCGCCGCCGCCGACAUGUUGCGUGCCGUUGAAGGAAAUACUCGACAACGACGUGACGUGUCUCUGCUCCGUCUUCAACAAUCCCGACAUGCUCCGAUCUCUCAACCUCACCAAAUCCAAUGCUCUCGAUCUCCCCAAGGCCUGUGGCGCCGAUGCUGACGUGUCACGCUGCAAGAACGCCGCGACUUCGCCGAUAGCGUCGCCGUCGACUCCGACGGCUCCGGUGACACCUCCGGCGACUACCAAUGGAAGCUCUUCCAACCCCGGCUCUCCAUCAAGCCAAGCGGCGGCGGCGGCCACCGUCAGCUUUGUCGGACUUAACUUCGUAUCUGCCCUCGUUGCAACUUUCUUCUUUUAAUCUUUACCUAUUUUUAAAAACUUUUAAUUAGUAAUUAUUUUGUAUCUUUCUUUUUAUUUUCCAUAUGUAACAUUACAUUAUGAUCCAUUUAUUUCAUCGUCUAUUUUUCCAUGUUCAAGUUAGCAAAUAUCAUCCCGAUAUCCCUUCUAAAAAGGGGAAAUUUCUGAUGAUAAAUUGAUGUAUUUACUGUAUGGUAUUAUACU